UCUUUCCAAUUUGGCUACGGUACAUCGUGUAUCAAUGGACCGGAGAAGAACAUAAGGAAUUAUUUCAAUAAACACACAGAGUUUACAAGUUUGAUGUGGUCCACAGCUGUGGCGAUAUUUGCUGUUGGUGGAAUGUCUGGUGCUCUUGUUGGUCCAGUCAUUGCCAGUUCACUAGGCAGUAAAAGAACCCUAUUGUUGAACAAUCUACCAGCCUUGUUAGGCUCUAUGAUGAUGUUUUUCUCAUACCACGCUAAAGCACCAUCAUUACUUAUUACUGGACGCCUUAUUGUUGGCUUUAAUAGUGGUGUAAAUACUGCUGUCGCCCCAGUAUAUUUGUCAGAGAUUGCUCCAAUCAGAUUACGAGGUGCUCUUGGUGUACUAAAUCAGUUAGGAAUAGUCACAGGAAUUCUUGUAGGAUUGAUAUUUGGACUUAAACAGAUGCUUGGUACAGAUGAUGGGUGGCCUUACUCACUUGGAUUUGGAUUUCUUGUUGCCAUGCUUCAGUUCUUAACCCUCCCGUUUUCUCCAAGAAGUCCACGUUAUUUAUUACUUAACCUAAAUAAAGAAGCAGAGACUGUGCAAGCCCUGAAUAAGCUAAGAGGAACUACUGAUGUAAUGAUGGACAUUGAAGAAAUGAGGAUUGAACAGGAACAUCAGCUGAGAGAGCAGGUAGUCACUGUGGCCAGCCUGCUUCAAAUGAAAGCACUGAGAAUUCCAUUGCUGAUAAGUGUUGUGUUACAGCUGGGUCAACAGCUUAGUGGAAUCAAUGCAGUGUUUUAUUAUUCCACAUCAAUACUUGAGAAGGCUGGUGUUAAAGAAAGUCGUGUAGCAUCUUGCGCUGUUGGUGUUGUCAGUGUAAUUAUGACUGGUGUUACAGUUAAAACAGUUGAAAUUAUUGGAAGAAGGUCAUUACUGCUGGUAGGAUUUGGUGGCAUGUUUGUCUUCUAUGCUGUGAUGACAGUAUCCUUCCGUUAUGAGAAUUUGUAUGGAAUGAAUAAUGUAUCUGUGGUGGCCACAUUGCUGGUUGUUGUCUUUUUUCAAGUUGGUCCAGGUGCAAUUCCCUGGUUUAUAACAGCUGAACUCUUCUCUCAAAGCUCCAGGGCUGCUGCUGUUAGUAUAGCAGGCGUUGCUAACUGGCUGUCAAACUUUGUGGUUGGACUUGUAUUUCCAUCAUUGCAGGAAACGUUAUAUCCUUACACUUUCCUGGUUUUCAUGGCAUUGCUGGCCUUUUUCUUUGCUUUUACCUUCUAUCUGGUUCCCGAGACGAAAGGAAAAACCAUUGAAGAAAUAACAAGAUGCUUCAGGAAUGAAAAUGAUCAAAGUUUUCAUGACAGAAUCGAAAAAGAGAAUAAUGUAGAUGAAGACAACGAAUAAAUGAGAAGUCAUGCCAGUAAUCAUAAUGUCCAUUGAAGUUUAGAUCAGUUACUUCAUUUUUGAAAUGCUUGCUUGCUGGUAAGUUACUAGCCUGCAGAACAGGGGUAAUUUUUUUGCUUAUUUUAGGCGAACAGAGGCGAAUGCGGGGCGCGCGCGAAGUGCAAGGCGCACGCGAGGAGAAGAGCGCGAAAAAUAUAACGCCUGUAUGCAAACUAUUAUUCAAGCUCUUGUGGCAUUCAAGUAUGAAUGCUGCUACCCAAUUGGUUGCUUACGCAUCACGUGAUCCCCGACUGUUUUUCAAAUAAAACGCGGGUGUCGCAUCAUCUUGUUCGGUGAACGAAGCUAUUGAAGAAGUCCUUCGUUUAUUAGUGUAGAGUGCACUAUUGGGAUGGUUUGGGGGUUGACGUCCGCUAAAGUUAUAUUUCAUCAAGGUAAUAAGGUGUAAACUUUAUUGUUAGUUCAAUUAGCUAAUUUCAAAUAAUCAGUUAGUCUUGCGGGCAGGGGGGCUGGGGGCUGGGUGGGUAGGUACCCGUGUGGACUACGCAAAACGGGGCAUAAUUACGUUGCUCUUUACAUUACAUGACAAUACUAGAUAUAUUUUCGAAAAUCUCUUGCUAUCCUUGUGGUGCUAUUCUCUUAAGAACAAAAGUAAUUUGCUCAAAAUGCAUGCGCAGAUUAGGUAACGUCAGUGUCGACUAUAUGAUAGGUAGCAGAUACAUUUCACACGGGAUUUCACACGAACGUUGAGUGCUUUUCCUUGUGGUGGAGCACAACAUGUAAGACGCAUGCGUUCUAGCUUUGCUAGUUUGAUAAAUUUCGUUCCGCACUUUUUUUUUGUUGUUGAGUGAUACCACACUCUCGUUUUGACCGGAUAUAGCAGCUAUAUAUUUCAGGUAACGUCAGCUCUCCUUUUUUAAUGCAAAGAACGCUACUCUGACUGUGCGUAUCUUCUGGAAUCAACACUAGCUCAAUUCAAGAAAUUUCGUCUGCUGAUUUAGAACUGUUGUGUAUUUGCCAGGGCUCAAAUAAAAGAAUGGAAAGAUAUUGCUUCUCCUUA